AUACCAUAAAGGUAUAUACUAAUUACAUUAUUGUCCUUGUGCAUAUUGUUUUGAACAUGUUUGUCCUUAGUUUUAGCACACGAAAAUACACAUAUUUCGAAACAUGACAUUGUAAUUAACUACUAUGGCUGAGAAUUUUACAGAAGAACAAAUUGCAGAAAUUCGAGAAAUAUUUAGUUUGUUUGACAAGGAUUGCGACGGCUGUAUAUCUACAAGUGAAUUAGGUCCCGUAUUACGGUCAGUAGGAUUAAACCCAACUGAUGAAGAAAUCUCUGAGCUAGUACAUCACUAUGAUAAAAACCAGGAUAUGAAAGUAGAGUUUGCUGAACUUUUGAUGGAAGUAGCUAAGAAACAAAAGGAAAACGCACCAGAAACAGAUGACUAUCUUUUAGAAGCAUUCAGAACUUUUGAUAUAGAAAGAAGUGGUAAAAUUAGUAUAAGUACAUUGAAAGAAGCUAUGAUAAAUCAUGGAGAGAGAUUAAGAGAGGAAGAGAUAAAUGAAAUGGUUGCAGUUGCUAGUGAUGCAAGGACAGAUGAUGAAAAUAUAAUCGAUUAUGAAAAGUUCGUAAAGAUUAUACUUGGGAAGUAGUGAGUACCGACCUAAUAAAUCAAAAGGAGAAAGCAGAAAGAUAGAUUUAUCAUAUGGUUAUACAGACUUUUACCAGUAGCCGGAUAUACAAAGAUUGCAGUAUUUAAUAUAAAUUGUUUAAAAUGAGACUACCAUCUCCACAUUGAAAUCAUUUAUCACACAUUAAACUUUUGCGAUUAAUUAAUCAGUAUUGACUAAUUGCCUUAUUCUUUUCCAAUGUUCAUUCUAUAAGUUACAAUAGAACUCGGUAGUGGAUUGUCGAA